AUGUCGCUCCGUCGCUCACUGCGUUCCCACGGGGGGCGCAAUGAUCAAUCAAGCAUGAUAGAUAUUAACGACUCUUCCAGAUCCACAAGAAGCACCCGCGCUGCUGCUGCUGCUGCUACUACUACUGCUGCUACUGCUGCUUCAUCCACCCCCGCAGUGACCGCGGUGUGUGUUCCAUCAGACGUAUCCGGGGAAUCAUCCAAGCGAUCGAUUCAUCUGACCGUCAAGAUGCCCUCCAACAAGCUCAGAGAAGUCACCGGGGGAAGCUCCCGAGGGGCGCCUGCCACUCGGCGCUCGGUGAAUGUCUUCACCGAGAACCCCAUCAUCACGGGCCCCCGCACUAGCCGGCCCAGGAAGAAGCUGGUCGAAGUAGACACCAGCGACGAGGAUGAUCUCGAAGACCAGGAAGAGGAUGAGGUCGACGAUGAAGAUGCCCCCGGUGAGGACGAGGAUGACGAAGAUGAGGACGAGGACGAGGAGGACGAAGAGGAGGACGAAGAUCUCGAUGCUGAAGGGGAUCUCGACAUGGAUGAUGCCCCACCGCAACCCCCAGUGCCUAAGCGACAUGCGAAAGCAACAGCAGCUGCUGCCGCUGCACCUAGUGCGAAAGCAGUCAAGAGUGUCGAGGAGAAAGAGAUGGAGUUGGAAGACGACGAUGACGAUGAUGACGAGGAGUUGUCGGAACCAGACACUGACGCUGAGGGCGAGCCUGAUGACCAGGACGAGAGUAUGAUGGUGACCGGGAAUGGAGGCGAUGAGCUGGACGAGGAGGAUGAGGACGAUGAAGACCUCGACAGUGACGGGACGCCGACUGCGGAUCUCACUCGUAUGACCAAACGGCAGCGAGGCAACCUGGGAAAUGACUUCCUGCAACUCCCGAUGGAACCCCAGGUGAAGAAGCACCUGACCGCAGAGGAGCGCGCUAUGCGCCGUGCGGAAAUGGCCCGCCGCCGAAAGAACCUUAGCGAGAAGCGGAACGAAGAAGAGAAGAUGGAUACCAUCAACCGACUGCUGCGCAAGCAGGCCCCCAAGCGCCGAGGACGCAUCCCCGCCGCCGAGGCUGCCGAGAAUGCCACCGCCGAUCAAGAGAUCCAGGAAGCGUAUUCCAAGCCGGACCCCACGAUGGUGCGCUGGGUCAGUGGCCGGGCUGGCAGCCGCGUGGGCGUGCCGGAGGAGUGGGUUGGCACGCCGGCUGCACAGGUCUUCGGCGCUGGGUCGGGCAAACUUGUCCAAGAGGUAUAGAAAGGAGCGAGGGAGGGUUUCGGCGGCGCACAAUUGGAGCGGAGGCGUUUUACUGGGGGUCUUAAACCAGGAAGGGACAUGUGUUCUAAAUCGAAUGAUUUCUUGUUUAUGUGACUGUAUGAUACAAUAUGAUAGUAUACAUGAUGGCCUU